CUUUUUCCUUGCUCCUUCUCCACAUCUCCCAUUUUUCGGGCUUUCGUGGGUCUUUUUUUUUUUCAUGGCCAACACACGCUUCGCCUACGUGCGGCACUUCGAGCAGGCGUCGGAGUACUUCCUUCCGCGGGACACCUGGCUGGUGAUCCGCGUGGAUGGCCGCGGCUUUUCGCGCUUCACCCAAGCUCACAAUUAUGUCAAGCCCAAUGACGUGCGAGGGAUCCAGCUGAUGAAUCGCGCGGCCAUGCAUGUGGCUCGGGAGUUCAACGAGUGCUGCGCCGCCUACGGACAGAGCGACGAGUACAGCUUUGUCCUGCACAAAUCGACGCAGCUUUACUCUCGGCGAUUGUCGAAGAUCGCUUCGUCAGUCAGCUCGGCCUUUUCGUCGGCCUUUGUCUUCCACUGGGCCGAGUACUUCCCCACCACCCCGCUGCAGUACCCACCGGCCUUCGACUCGCGUGUGGUUUCCUACCCCACUGUGCAGCAUGUUCGCGACUACUUCAGCUGGCGCCAAGCAGACUGCCACAUCAACAACCUUUAUAACACUUGCUUCUGGGCGCUGGUCCAGCAGGGCGGGAUGACCCCACCCGAGGCGGAGGCCCGCCUGGAUGGCACCUUCUCGAAUGACAAGAAUGAGCUCCUGUACUCGCAGUUUGGCAUCAACUACAAUACCCUGUCGGCGGUUUUCCGGAAGGGAACCUUUUUGGCGAAGGAGGAGCCCGGUGCCUUCCCGGCGGAUGCCUUCCUGCCGGGCGGCUGUACGGACUUGCUCCCCUGGCCGGCUAAUGACCAAUCGGUCGAGGGCUUCCCCGUGUCGCCAUUGGCGGGGGCCGGGGCACUAGAGGCCAGCGUGGCCGGGCUAUCGGUCUCCCCCUCUGAGCAGGAGGCAGGCGAGGUGACCGAGAAGGCGGACGAUACGGCGGCCGCCAUGUCGUCCUCCUCGACGUCGCAUUUGAAGGGCCGGGCCUUGCGCCGGGCCCUGGCCAAGGAGGAGCGCAAGCAACGCAAGGCGGCCAACCUGCGAAAGGACUUCCAUGCGCUGCACAUUGACAUCAUUGGCGACAACUUUUGGGCGACCAGUGCCACCCCCGGGACCAAGCCCGGUCUGGGGGCGGUCCUCUUCGCUGAGCGUUCGGCCGACGCCCCUGCUCCUGGCACCCUGCGGCGGUCUCUCUCCCAGGAACUGGCCGACGUCCUGUGAUGGGGGCGCCAGUGGCCCCGCCGAUUGCGCCCGUCCGAAGAAUAGAUCCCGACGUCCCACGAGCCUGUUGGCCCCCGUUCUGAAUCAUGAGAUCGGAGAUGAAGGGCAAACAUGGAGGUUCUGCUUAUUUUCUCUCUGUGUCUCUUGCUCUCUGUCCCUCUCUCUCUCUCUCUCUC